UGGACGAAAAUAUGUAAAAAACUAACGGCAUCCAGCUAAGGAGGCAUAGGAUGAAGCUCUCGUCGCUUCUUUCUGUAGUGAAGAGUGGUUUCACUCCAACCUCCCAACACUUGAACCACUUCCUCCUCUUCCUUUCUCGAUCCAAAAAAUUCAAACUCAUCAUCCACUUAGUCCAAUCAAACAAAUUCAACACAGACUCCAACACACAAAAAAUCUUUAUACGAGCACUUGCCAAAGAGAACAGAUUCGAAGAGGCACUUCAGCACUUGAAAUUGAAUACUACUAACCAGCUCGACAAACGCCUAAUUGAUUCUUCAAUUCAAGGCCUCUCUAAAACAAAUCCCGAAAAGGCGCUUUCUUUACUGCAGGAUUGCUCAGGGAAAGAUGGUAUUUUGCUCUCUUCUUACACUUUUUGUUCGUUGAUUCACUCUUUCUGCAGUCAGGAAAGGAUCAAUGAAGCAAUUCAAGUGCUGGAGUUAAUGACCCAUGAGAAAAUUAAAUACCCAUUUGAUAAUUUUGUGUGCAGUUUUGUGAUUCAUGGGUUCUUGAGUGUUGGAAAGCCUGAGCUUGCUGUUGAGUUCUUUGAAAAUGCUGUGAAUUCAGGUUGUUUAAAGCCCAAUGUUGUUACUUACACAACACUUGUGAGUGCUUAUUAUAUGUUAGGUAGAAUUGAGGAGGUUUCUAAUUUGGGGAUAAAUGGAUUAGAAUUAGAUGUUGUGUUUUACAGUAAUUGGAUAUAUGGGUAUUUUAGGGAAGGAGCAAUUGAAGAGGCACUAAAAAGAUAUAAUGAGAUGGUGUGUACUAGGAGAAUUGAGUUGGAUACAAUAGGCUAUACAAUACUUAUUGAUGGGUUCUCAAAGGAGGGACAUGUGGAGAAAGCAGUUGGGUUCCUAUACAGGAUGAAAAAACAUGGUCUUCAACCUAAUUUGGUUACUCUUACAGCACUAGUAUUAGGAUUCUGCAAGAAGGGGAAAGUGCUUGAGGCGUUUGCAGUGUUUAAGAUGGUUGAGGAUUUGCAGAUUGAAGCAGAUGAAUUUGUCUAUGCAGUAUUGAUUGAUGGUAUGUGCAGGAAGGGUGACGUUGGACGCGCAUUUGAACUGCUCGGUGAAAUGGAGAAGAAAGGCAUAAAACCUAGUGUUGUCACAUAUAAUACCAUUAUCAAUGGAUUGUGCAAAGCUGGGAGGAUGAAUGAGGCCGAUGAUGUGUCUAAGGGAAUCCUCGGAGAUGUUAUCACGUAUAGUACAUUGUUACAUGGUUAUAUUCAAGAAGAAAAUGUCAUGGGAAUGCUAGAAACAAAAAAGAGAGUUGAAGCAGCUGAUGUUUUUCUGGAUGUUACUAUGUGCAACUUGCUUAUAAAAGCCCUAUUUAUGAUGGGGUUGUUUGAGGAGGCUCUUUCCAUAUAUAAGAAAAUAUCAGAUAUGGGCAUUACUUCCAAUUCUGUUAAUUACUGUGCCAUGAUUGACGGUUACUUAAAAGUAGGAAUGAUAGAGGAAGCACUUGAAAUAUUUGAUGAAUUUCGGAAGACAUCUAUACCUUCAGCUGCAUGUUACAAUUGCACCAUUCAAGGGCUCUGUAGGAAUGGCAUGCCGGACAUUGCAAUUGAAGUAUUCAUUGAACUAAUUGAUCGAGGUUUGCCUUUAAGUACAAGGAUCUAUAUGACAUUGAUAAAAAAGAUCUUUGAAGUUAAGGGUGCUCAGGGAGUUUUAGAUUUGUUUCAGAGAUUGGAAAGAGUUAAGCAUGGAAAAUUUGGUUCAAUGUGUGAAGAUGCUGUUUCUUUCCUGUGCAACAAAGGAUUACUAGAGGCUGCAGUCAAUCUGCUAAUUGUGAUCCAAAGUAAUGGUUUUGUUCUGAGCAAGAAAUCCUACCAUCUUUUAAUGAAAUCUCUUCUCUAUGGUGGCCAAACCUUUUUGACUGGACUUCUUUUGACAACAUUCCUAAAAAAAUAUGGGAUGUUUGAGCACGGGGCAAAGAAGAUGCUUGUGUACUUCCUUUGCAUUAAAAAUGUAGAAACUGCACUUCGGUUUCUUGCUACAGUGAAAGGCGACACAUCUGAGGUGACCUUUCCUGCUGUAGUUUUGCGGACACUGACAAAAGGUGGCCGAUAUCUGGAUGCGUAUAACCUUGUUAUGGGAGCGAGAGAUAAGCUACCUCUCAUGGAUGUGGUUGACUACUCAAUUGUUAUUGACGGCCUUUGCAAAGGAGGACAUAUUGACAGGGCCUUAGAUCUCUGUAAUUUUGCCAGCAAUAUAGGAAUUUCUUUCAAUAUUGUAACCUAUAACUCAGUAAUCAGUGGGUUGUGUCAUCAAGGGUGUGUGCUUGAAGCUUCUCGGUUAUUUGAUUCAUUAGAAAGGAAUGAUAUAGUUCCUUCAGAAAUCACGUAUGGUAUACUCAUUGACGCUUUGUCAAAAGAAGGUCUUUUAGCAGAUGCUAGAAGUUUGUUUGAGGAAAUGUUCCUAAAGAAUCUUAGAGCGAGUACUCGCAUAUAUAAUUCAUUAAUCAAUGGAUGCAGCAAGUUAGGUCAAAUCCAGGAAACUUUGAAGCUUCUCCAUGAUUUACAAGCUAAAGGCCUCAGACCAGAUGAAUUCACUGUGAGUGCAGUACUUAACUGCUAUUGUCAGAAGGGUGACAUGGAGGAAGCUCUUGGGUUCUAUUCCGAGUUCAAAAUGAAAGGCAUACUACCUGAUUUCUUGGGUUUCAUGUACCUGGUGAGGGGCUUAUGCGAUAAAGGAAGGAUGGAAGAAUCUCGAUGCAUUUUGAGAGAGAUGCUUCAAUCAAAAUCUGUCAUUGAUCUUCUUGGCAGAGUUGAAAUCCAAAUCGAGACAGAGUCUAUUAGAAGUUUUCUUUCUCUAUUGUGUGAGCGAGGAAGCAUACAAGAGGCAGUUACUAUUCUGAAUGAAGUGGUAUCCAUGUUUUUCCCUGCUAAAAGGGGGUGUGGUGCUUGGAAUUUAUUAGGGAAACUUGAAGAGUCUGAUGGGAGAGAGAUGGAUAUAGACUCAAGAUCACACGAGAGUUGGAUGCAUGAGAAGGCAUCAAACAACCGUCAUGACCAAGACACUCAAAUAACCCAGUUGCUCGACUUCAAUUCUUUCUAUUCCUGUAUUGCUUUAUUGUGUUCAAAAGGGGAGCGUGAUAAGGCUAAUGAAGUGGCUAAAGUUAUUACUGGUUUCUCAUAGAGCUUGUUUGUCUUUUCAACAAUAUUUAGCUAGCUUCUUUGGCUAUGGUUUGAGAACAAAGAACCGUACAAGAGCUAUCUUAGGAGGAAUUAAAGGAAGUGAAAUGUAACUUGGAAGCUUCUAUGAACCUCUGGAUUCCCUCUUUACACCAAGAAGAGCAAAUCUCAGUGACUAAAGCCAGGUCCUUAAAAACUUAGGACGAUGGACUUAGCAGUAUUCUUUCUGAAGAAGAAGUACAGGGAAUUUGGACCUUCUUGCAAGGCCAUUUGAGACUUUGUGGCAUGACUAUACAUGAAAGCUUUAGGCAAUGUCUCAUUGUCACUCCUCGUGUUGUUGCAGAGGUUACUUUUUGAUUCUUCAUUCUAGUCAAUCUUUGUAUUUCCAGAAAACAUUUCUUUUCAUUCUGAGUGUACCCGUGUGUACCGAGUGUAAUAAGUAUCUGGAUUAUCAGAUAGCAAGCUCCAUCACUGGAAUGCUGUAACAAGGAAUGUUGGAUUUCUGAUUGUUAUUCUGGAGGUGGAUGGAAUUUGCAAUUUAGAAGAUAUUUUGAUGAUUGGGAGAUUGAAGAUGUUAACCUUCUGCUUCAAAAGUUGAGUUCAGUGGUGAUAUUAGAAGAAAGAGAGGACUCAGUACAUGGAAAGCCAGUAGAGAUGAGAAGAUCUCUGUUAUAUCCUGCUAUAAAAUGUUGCAACUUGCAAGCUCAAGGAGACAUAGUAGAUGAAAUGGCCUGCUAAAAUAAUCUGGAAGACCAACGUUCCUCCUAAAGCGGCAUGUUUUGGAUUGUUUGCAACGCAUGUGUAAUUCCAACCUCUGUGCUUGCAGCAUAUCUGGUUGAGUAGUAGAAUAUUAAUCCCUUUGCUGUGGUUAGAUGAGCUCCUCAUGAAUUCGAAAUCGCUUGCUUAUAG